ACGCAGACAGACCCUUGCACAUGGUUCUCGGAGGUGGAUAUGCUGAGCCUCUUCUUUUGUUGUUUAAAAGAAUGCGAAGCUGAGACGCACGUUGUUCUUACCUGCAAGAAGGAAUACAAGGAUGCAUCAUGGGAAACAUCCUACGACGUCAAGGACGCUGCAUGUGAUCCUAUGAACGUUGCCCACACGACCUCAAGCCCUGGCUUCUGUGGUUAUGCGAGUGUUUCAUCCUACUCCAGUGAAAAAGCUUCAGCUAUUUUAAAGUGUAUUGCUGGAGUUUCACUGAGUGUUUUUACAAAGCUGCUAUGUCUUGUAGUUCAGGCGCUCAAGGUACAGGGGAAUGAGGACACCACCAGUGCUUCAAACGAAUUGCUUUUUUUUUUGAUGAAGCUAAAACUAAACUUGUCCUACUUGUCCUUGGCAGUGUUUUUUCGGUUGCACAGAACCACAUGUUCAAGGCAUUUUCUGCUCAUCCUUUCCACUCUCCAUGCAAAAAUGCGGCCAGUAAUUUACUGGCCAUCACAGUCAACCACACAGUUGAUGAUGCCCAACUGCUUCAAGGCCGACUAUGUGAACUGCAGGGUUAUCAUUGACUGCGCAGAAGUACCCUGCGCGGCGCCAAGCACUGUCCAUGAGAAAGUCCUAAUGUAUUCUAGCUACAAAGGAACAUACACUGUGAAAUUCCUUGUAGGAAUAACUCCAAGUGGCAUCAUAAGCUAUAUUUCAAGGCCUUAUGGGGGCCGUGCCACCGACUCUCUUAUCACAUCUGACUGUGGCAUAUUGCACAUGCUUGAGCCAGGGGACCUUGUGCUCGCUGACAAGGGCUUUCCUCAAAUCAGGAGUGCUCUUGUGGAGCGAGGAGUUCAGUUUCAGAUGCCAAUCUUUGCACGACCAAAUGAGCCUUUUACACGUGAGGAGGUUCUCAGCACCUACAAGACAGCAAGUGCAAGGAUACAUGUUGAGCGGUGCAUACAGCGCAUGAAGCUUUUCAGAAUAUUGUCAGAAAAACUGUCUGCUGAUCUGCUUCCUCACAUUGGCAAAAUCGUCGACAUGUGUGAAGUGCUGGCAAAUUUGCAGGCUCCAAUUAUUAAGGACAAAGAUUAGUGGGCAUGCAAGGAAAUCAUAGCAUGACAUCUAUAAUAGUGCAUUGUACAUAUCCAUUCCGCCAGAAAAAGAAAGGUACUUUCGGUCCAUAAUUGUAAAUGCUCUCUCAAUCAGUGCUACAUCUUGACUCCACAGAGGGAAAGAAACACUCCACCGAGCCUCGAAGUUCCCUAAAUUUCAGUUUCAAAGAGGAUUUUCUUUGCUAGGAGGGCAUUUCAAUUCAAGGAUGAUUUGUGAAUACUGGCCUUAAUGUUAAAGUCAUACUCUUUCAUGCGGGCCUUAGUCUUAUGUGUGCACGUUUGGAAAACCAAGCUGUAGUACUACCGUGGAUUGCUGUAUGUUUACCACUGGUGCAUGAAGCUGCAAGCUAUAACAUACUUCUUUAUCCUAAUUAUUCAGUGUUUGUGAGCACGUUUAUCGUGCAAAAUAUGUGGUCACCAGGUUGAAGUGAUUCAUUAUGUUGAGUAUGUGCAUGAAACUAGUUUGUAGCAUUUGUGUUCGAGCGUGCUUGGCUAUUCACCUUGUGCAUUUUUGUAAGUUGUAUCACUUUUUGCCCACUCUGAGUUGGCAUUGCUUUUGCAAUAUUUUAGUAACAGAUUUAACGAACUCUGUAAAUGUUUGUGAAGACCAUUUGUAAUGUAUGCAGAUGUGCAACAACUCUGAACUUCAUUUGUUUCAUCUUCUCACUACGCUGCCUUGUUCAUGGUUGUGCAUGUGGUAGUGCACAUAAAUGUGCAUGCAUUUAUACAACUUAGAAAGUUAUGUCAAUGGAACACAAUUUAUUAUAAUUUUCACAUCAAUGUAAAGUCGACCAACCAGUAAUGUGACAAAGUUUGAAGUGCAGUAAGUGAAAAAAAUAAAUUUGUUUUGAUCUGAA